AUGGCUUCUCGUAAGAAGGUCCUCCUCAAGGUCAUCAUCCUCGGAGACUCGGGUGUCGGUAAGACAUCGUUGAUGAACCAAUACGUAAACAAGCGCUUCUCGUCGGCUUACAAGGCCACCAUCGGUGCCGACUUUCUCACACGCGAAGUUAUGGUAGACGAUCGUCUUGUCACCAUGCAACUCUGGGACACCGCCGGUCAAGAACGUUUCCAGUCGCUUGGUGUGGCCUUCUACCGAGGAGCUGACUGUUGCUGUCUCUGCUACGACGUCAACAAUGCAAAGUCCUUUGAAACGCUCGAUUCGUGGCGAGACGAAUUUCUCAUCCAGGCUGCACCGCACGAUCCCGAAAACUUUCCCUUCGUUGUUCUCGGCAACAAGAUCGACGUUGAAGAGAGCAAACGCAUGGUCUCGCAGAAACGCGCCAUGACCUGGUGCCAGAGCAAGGGCAACAUUCCUUACUUUGAGACCAGUGCAAAGGAAGCUAUCAACGUCGAGCAGGCUUUCCAGACCAUCGCACGUGCUGCGCUGCAGCAGGAGGCUGAGGCCGAGCUGUAUGCUGAUUAUCCGGACCCGAUCCGAAUCGACCAGGACAACCAGCAGAGCGGAUGCAAUUGCUAG